CACAGCCAGGGUGGCGGGGGCUAGGAGCCGGGGUGGAGCUUGCUGUCCCCUCCGGCGUCCGGCCGCGCCCGUCCUCAGGGCUGCGGCGAGACGCCCGGCUGCCGUUGCGGCCCUCCGGAGCUCUCCGUCCGCCGCUUUGCCACGGUGGAGCUGAAUGCACUGAGCUCCGACAGUGGGGUUGCCAGCUUCCUCUCCCUUGCGGGGGCGUCGAACUCGCGCGUGCGCAGCGUGUAAGGGAAGGGGGCCAGGACCCCCGGCUGACCCGGGCAGGGCGACCGGACAGCCGGAGGUGAAUCGGGAUGAGCUUCCCAGCGCUGCAGCUCCACUGAGAAGGAAACCCAGGAGCAGAGGGUCGCCGGUCGGCCGCAGUGCGUGAGGCCAUGGCGUUCCUGACCGGGCCGCGUCUUCUGGACUGGGCUAGCUCGCCGCCACACCUGCAGUUCAAUAAGUUCGUAUUGACCGGCUACCGGCCGGCUAGCAGCGGCUCGGGCUGCCUGCGCAGCCUUUUCUACCUACACAACGAGCUGGGCAACAUCUACACUCACGGGCUAGCCCUGCUGGGCUUCCUGGUGCUAGUGCCAAUGACCAUGCCCUGGAGUCAGCUGGGCAAGGAUGGCUGGCUAGGAGGCACACACUGUGUGGCCUGCCUGGCGCCCCCUGCAGCCUCUGUGCUCUAUCACCUCUUCAUGUGCCACCAGGGAGGCAGUCCUGUGUACACCCGGCUCCUUGCCCUGGAUAUGUGUGGAGUCUGCCUUGUCAACACCCUUGGGGCCCUACCCAUCAUCCACUGCACUCUGGCUUGCAGACCCUGGCUUCGCCCAGCUGCCCUGAUGGGUUACACUGCACUGUCAGGUGUAGCCGGCUGGAGAGCCCUCACUGCCCCCUCCACCAGUGCCCGGCUUCGAGCCUUUGGUUGGCAAGCUGGGGCCCGCCUGCUGGUGUUUGGGGCCCGUGGAGUGGGGCUGGGCUCCGGGGCUCCAGGCUCCCUGCCCUGCUACCUGCGCAUGGACGCACUGGCUCUGCUGGGAGGGCUGGUGAAUGUGGCACGACUUCCAGAGCGCUGGGGGCCUGGCCGCUUCGACUACUGGGGCAACUCCCACCAGAUCAUGCACUUGCUGAGCGUGGGCUCCAUCCUCCAGCUCCAUGCUGGGGUUGUGCCUGACCUGCUCUGGGCUGCGCGCCACGCCUGUCCCCCAGACUGAGCUGCCUCCUAGCUACCAAACUGGCCUGCCCACAGCUUUCUGGGACAAAUUACACCACCUUUCCUCCUGCUGGUCUGCAAGGGGCUGGUUCCCUGGAAGAACCAGCACAUGGGACUUCCUAGUUGGGAGACCACUCUUCAUUCCUCCCCAUGGAUUAACCUCUUCUUGCACCCAGGCCUUCAAACCCCAGCUACCCCUCUCCUUGCCAUCUUCCCUCCAGCAUACUGGUUUGCCGUCAUUAGAAGGAAACCAUUUUUUUUUUUUUCCAAUUUACCCUGUUUGACCUGUGAGUCUCUGACAGUUGAGUCCUGCCAACUUACCAAGCCUCCAGCCCAGAACCACUACCCCUAUGUUGCUGCUCCCAUCCAACACCUCCUGGAUUCUUGGACUAGCCUCUCUGACCCUGCUUCCUGACCUCCAUCUUCCUGCUCUGCAUGCCACACCUCUCAGCAGCCAGAAUCUUGCUGUCCCUGUCAUUCCUGCAGUGAGGGUGCAGAGGAGAGGACCAGGACCUUCUCUCAGAACCAAGUGGGCAUUGGUCCUGCUUGUAUUAUCUGACCAAGAGACACGAGGGGAGCUGCUGCUUUUCCUAGGCAAAAGGCGCAGAUGUGGAAUGGAGGGGUUGGACUCAGGCUUCACUGGACCAACAACUCAUCUCUUCAGUGCCAUGGUCUGACUGACUGACCUGCCCAUCAGAGACUUGUCUGCUCAGGAAACCUCUACACAGUGGAUGACUCCAGCCUGCUGGCCCAAGGGCACUCUAUAGCAGGGGAUUGACUCAGAGCCAGACAUCCCAAAGGCCUAAGACCCUAGGCAACAUCAAUAAAGGGACAAGAAGCACUCUGUUGCCAUAUGAGCAA